CCACCAGCAACCAAGGCCUGGGGUAACAUGCGAUCACGUGAUUGAUAGGCACGUGACACGUCCUUAUAAACACACCGUUCCCACAACCUUCUCCGCCAAAAUGUCCUACGAAGACAAAUUCGACGCAAGCUUGAGCUUGUUGCGGAGAUUGCACCCCAAGCAGAUCACCGCCAACCUCGACAACAUAUGCACCUUGAUCCAGCAGAACAACGGCGAGGAUGAAUUGGUCCAGGACCUCUUAUCGUCAGUGGAUACUCCUUUGAAGGUGGUCAAAUGUCAAGACACAGGCAAGCCGUUUUUGUGCUGUGAUUACAACCGUGAUGGUGACUCGUACAGGUCGCCAUGUUCCAACAAGUACUUUCCUGUCCAAGCAGAUGACGACGAAUUGCCUCCAUUUCCUUCCAACACCAUCCGGCAAUUGGAAAUCAAGGCCAACGACGCAUUUGACGUCUACAGAGACUUGUACUACGAAGGCAGCGGCAUCUCGUCAGUAUACUUGUGGGACACUGAAGACGACGAGACCUUGGACGGAUUUGCAGGCGUGGUGUUGAUCAAGAAGGACACUGAGGAUGGGUCUGGAAAGUGGAACUCCAUCCAUGUGUUUGAGGUGAUUCCCGAGUCUGCAUCUACUGCAUUGUACAAGUUAACCACCUCAGUGAUCCUUGACUUGAAAAACAACGAUGACAGCUCGUUGUCGUUGGCUGGAAGCUUGACCAGACAGCUCGAAACCAUCCAGACCUUGGAGGUUGACGGAGGCUCCAACUUGGAGACCUCCCACUUGAUCAACUUAGGCACGUUGGUGGAAAAGUCCGAGUACAACAUCCGUAACUUGCUCCAGGAGGUCUACUUCGACAAGUUGAAGGACAUCAUGCUCAAGGACUUGAGGUCUGUGGGCGAUCUCGGCGACCAGAAGCUCGAGAACUUGAAGCAGUCGGAGCUCAUUAAGGGUCUACAGGGAUUAUAGUUGUACUGUCGUCGAUUGUAUAGAGGAGUUUGAAAUUCCAUGAUUUACCAGGAAGAGUCUGGAUGGAUGUAGGCGUAGUAGAAUUUCAAUCGGGUGAUGCUAAGGAGUGGAUAGUUCAUGCUGAUGGAUUUCCGGCGUCAUUUCUUGAGAAGUCCAUGAAAUGUCAUUGCCUAAAUGUCCUGUGAAAUGAGAGUCAUUACUUAAAUAAAGUUGCUUGAAUUGGGAGUCAUUGCUUGGUAAUUGUCCGUGAACUCUGAGAUUCGAAUAGAUAAUGCAGAAGUAUUGA